CAACAGCUGAUGAAAAGUAGAAAACAAAAUUAAAUCAAUUGAUUGAAUUGAAUUUAAUCAGUAGCUUAUUUUUUGAUUAAUCAUUAUUUUAAUUUCAAUUUUUGAUUGUUUUAUUGAUUACCUUGUGUUAAAGAUUCUAUGAGUUGCUUGUCAUGUCUUCUACUGUAUCAGGUUCGUUGACUGAAGAGGAGAAAACUGAGAAACUUCAAUCAGGUAAAACUGCUCCAAAUGUUGAUGUGAAACCUAAAUUUUUAACUCGUGAGGAACGUGAAAAAUUGGCCUUACAGAGACGGGAACAAGAAGCGGCUGCAAUAAGGAAACGAAAUGAAGAAGCUGCUCGUCAAAGGCAACAACUAUUGGAAAAAGUGAGAAGGGAUAAAGACUCUGAUCGAAUGGAGAUUGACAGGAGAAUAGAUUCUGAAUCAAGAGACCGGCGAGAUAGACGAGAUGAAAGACGUGAUGAUAGAAGGGGUCGAGAUCGAGAUCGAGAUGAUAGAAAUCGAGAUAGAGACCGAGAAAGAGAUCGUCCAACGGUUGAUGAUGAUGAAGAACCAAAAGAGAAAGAUAAGAAAAGAGAAUCCGAAGCAAUUAAAGAAAGAUAUCUUGGUGCUAAUAAAAAGAAGAAAAAACUUCGCCGAUUAAAUGAGCGAAAAUUUGUCUUCGAUUGGGAUGCAGCGGAAGAUACAAGUGAUGAUUAUAAUCCAAUCUACAAAGAUCGACACACAAUCCAAUUAUAUGGUAGAGGUCAUAUCGCUGGAAUCGAUUUGAAGCAACAAAAGAAAGAACAAUCUCGAUUUUAUGGAGAAUUAUUGGAACGUCGUCGAACAGAUGAAGAAAAGGAACAAGAAAAAUAUCGACUUGAGAAGGUCAAAAAGAAGGAAGAAAAACAAACUUGGGACGAUCGACAUUGGACCCAAAAAGGUUUACCAGAAAUGAGAGAAAGAGAUUGGCGAAUAUUUCGAGAAGAUUUUAGUAUCUCCAUCAAGGGAGGAAAAAUUCCAAAUCCAAUUCGAAAUUGGGAAGAGUCCGGAUUACCUAAACCGAUCAUUAAGAUUAUCGAUGAGUUGAAAUACAAGGAUCCAACGCCUAUCCAGCGACAGGCCAUUCCCAUUGGACUGCAAAAUCGUGACAUCAUUGGUGUCGCUGAAACGGGUUCCGGUAAAACGGCCGCUUUCCUGAUUCCAUUGCUUGUCUGGAUCACCGCUCAACCAAAAUCUAUCCGCCAGGAGGAAAUUGAUCAAGGUCCUUAUGCACUAAUUUUAGCACCAACUCGUGAAUUGGCUCAACAGAUUGAAGAGGAAACACUCAAAUUUGCCACAUCUCUGGGAAUCAGAACUGUUUCCGUUAUUGGUGGUGCUUCAAGGGAAGAGCAAGGGCUUAAGCUCCGUUUAGGUUGUGAAAUUGUUAUCGCCACUCCUGGUAGAUUGAUCGAUGUCUUAGAUAAUCGUUACCUUGUUUUAAGUCGAUGUACUUAUGUUGUUCUCGAUGAAGCCGAUCGUAUGAUUGAUAUGGGUUUCGAACCUGAUUUACAAAAGAUUCUUGAUAAAAUGCCAGCGACCAAUUUAAAACCAGACACGGAUGAUGCCGAAGAUGAAGAUAAAUUAAUGUCCAAUCUCAAUUCUAAGCUUAAAUACCGACAGACUGUCAUGUUUACUGCUACUAUGCCACCGAGUGUUGAACGUUUAGCUCGAGCGUAUCUUCGUCGUCCAGCAAUGGUCACUAUUGGUUUAGCUGGUAAACCGGUAGAAAGAGUUGAACAGGUCGUUUAUCUUGUAGCCGAAUCAGAGAAACGUAAGAAACUUGUCCAGGAAUUAGAACGUGGUGUUCAACCGCCCAUCAUGAUAUUCGUUAAUCAAAAGAAGGGUGCCGAUGUUUUGGCUCGAAGUCUAGAAAAGAUCGGCUUCUCCGCGAUCACCUUACAUGGUGGUAAAGGUCAAGAACAGCGAGAAUACGCUUUGGCUGCUCUUAAAUCGGGCGAGAAAGAUAUUCUUGUGGCCACCGAUGUGGCCGGUAGAGGUUUAGAUGUGAAAAAUGUUUCACUGGUCAUCAAUUAUGAUAUGGCAAAAUCUAUCGAAGAUUAUACUCAUCGUAUUGGUCGAACAGGUCGUGCCGGUGCUACAGGUAGAGCGAUAUCUUUCUUGACCAAAGACGAUUCUCACCUUUUCUAUGAUCUAAAACAAUUAUUGACCCAAAGUCCAGCGUCAACUUGUCCACCUGAAUUAGCCAAUCAUCCUGAUGCUAACCACAAACCAGGAGCAUCUACCGGUCAGAAAAAACGUAAAGAUGAAACAAUUUUCGUCUAAACAUUUUCAUCAUCAACUGACCAACAAACAAUAAUCAUCAUCAUCUUGACCACAUCUCCAAUCAUUUAACACAAACUGUAUCAUAAUUUUUUUUCGUCAUCAAAUUGAUUCACCUUAGAAAACCUCACUACCACUUUUUCCAAGAAAAAAUAUUAUCAAUUUUGUUGAUUAAUCUAAAUAACAAUUAACAAUCAAGCUAAUUAAAGUCAAUUAAUUCAUAAAGAAUGAAAA